GACUGAAUUUCUCCGAGUGUCAUACCCCCCUCUUACCCACUCCCUCUCUAAUCAACACUCAUUUAUUUCUCUCUCCUCUUUCUUCCCCCACGCAUUUCACACUGCCUUCCCAUCUUCUCCAAGCCGCCACUCCCUCUCUUUCACGUGUUUCAUUCCUUCCUCUCCUCUCCUCAUUUUUCAUGAAUUUCUCUCCUUUGAAAAUUCAUCCCAAUUAAAUAAUCCAAUAAUGAUGAAUCUCUGGUCAUCUGAUGACAUUAAUGGAUCUUCAUCUUCUUCCCUACUCAUGAUGGACUCUUACAACCCUUCCAUCUCCACAACCACCGCCUCCGCCGCCGCACACGACACCCUUCACAGCCGUCUACAAGCCUUAAUCGACGUCCCCGCCACCCCUCGCGGUGAGAGCUGGACUUACGCUAUUUUCUGGCAAUACAGCAUCGAUUACUCCGGCCAAUCUCUCCUCGGUUGGGGUGAUGGGUAUUACAAAGGUGAAGAUAAACAAACCCGCCAAGAAAAGGCGGCGACUAACCGAAUUUCUCAGGAUUUAGCCGAGCAGGAGCACCGGAAGAAGGUUCUCCGGGAGCUGAAUUCGCUCAUUUCCGGCGUUUCUCCGCCGGAAGAUUCCGCCGUUGAAGAGGAAGUUACCGAUACUGAGUGGUUCUUCCUUAUUUCUAUGACUCAUACUUUUGCUAGUGGUGAGGAUUUACCGGGCCAGGCCCAUUUAAGCUCCUCCCCGAUUUGGGCCGCCGGGCCUGAACGGUUGUCGAGUUCGCCGUGUGAUCGGGCUAAACAAGGGUCGUGUUUCGGGCUUCAGACGAUGGUGUCGAUUCCGGUGUUGAACGGCGUUGUUGAGUUGGGGUCCACUGAGGUGAUUUUUCAGAGCCCAGAUUUGAUGAAUAAGGUUAGGGUUUUGUUCUGUUUUGGGCCUGCGCCUGGGCCCAAUGACCCGGGUUGUUCGUGGCCUGUUCCAGGUUCUACCCCUGCUCCUUCCAGUGACAGUGAUCCGACUGCGAUGUGGAUCAACGACCCGAACCCGCCGGAAGUGAAGGAGGCGAGAAAAACUCCUACGCCGCCGCCACCACCGCCGACGAUACAACAACAAUCUCAGCCGUCUCAAUCGAAAGUGAUUAAUUUGGAUAGUCCGAUUAAGAGCAACGUUAGUGAGGCUCAGAAACCUGGGUUUUUUACCAGAGAGUUGAAUUUUUCGGAGUACGCUGGGUUUAAUGGAAGUGGGUCAAAGAGUAAUGGGAGUUUAAAGCCGGAAUCUGGAGAGAUUUUGAGUUUUGGGGGGGGUGAUGUUAAGAAACCUGUUAACAAUGGUAACUCCAAUUCAAUUUUUGGGGCGAAUUCUCAGUUUUUAAUGGAUGAGAAUAGCAAUAAGAAGAAGCGUUGUUCGCCUAAUUCAAGAGGGAGUAAUGAUGAGGGGAUGUUGUCUUUUACUUCUGGGGUGAUUUUAGCGUCGUCCGGGGUGGGGAAAUCGAGUAAUAAUGGCGGUCCCGAUUCCGAGCAUUCCGAUUUGGAGGCGUCCGUUCGAGAGGUGGAUAGUGGUAGGGUGGCACCUGAGCCGGAGAAGAGGCCGAGGAAGCGAGGGCGAAAGCCUGCUAAUGGAAGAGAAGAGCCAUUGAAUCAUGUAGAGGCGGAGCGACAACGGAGGGAGAAGCUUAAUCAAAGGUUCUACGCGCUUCGUGCGGUUGUCCCCAACGUUUCGAAGAUGGAUAAGGCGUCCCUCUUAGGGGACGCCAUAUCGUACAUAAACGAACUUAAGUCGAAGCUCACAGUCUUUGAGUCGGAGAAAGAAGGAUUGGUUGCUCAAGUUGAAGAGUUAAAGAAAGAGUUGUUAGCCUCUAGAGGAGGCGUGGGAUCACUAAACCAUCAUCAACAACAACCACCACCGCACUUUGAUAAUGAUAUCAAAGUGAAUGGAAUUGAACAACAGCAUUUGGUAGAUUUAGAAAUCGAUGUUAAGAUUGUCGGUUGGGAAGCGAUGAUUCGCGUCAAUUGUAACAAGAAGAAUCAUCCAGCCGCGAGGCUAAUGGCCGCAUUGAAAGAGUUAGACUUAGAUGUCACACACGCUAGUGUAUCGGUUGUUAACGACUUAAUGAUCCAACAAGCGACCGCGAAGAUGGGGAACCGAUAUUAUAGCCAAGAACAACUAAGGAUGGUUCUAACUUCUAAGGUAUCAGAUCCCAGAUAACAAAGUGAAAAUUGAUGAUAAGAUGAUAUUUAGAAGUUAGUUAUGCUAUGUUGUUCAUAUUAGUUAUUAUUGAUCCCAGUAUUAAUUAUUGGGCAGUGUAUAAUUAUAGUUUAGUUGAAGUUAAAUUCUUAGAUUAAGUUUAGUGUAUGUUGUAUGUACAAGUAAACAGGAGCUGGGUGUAUAUAUAUCCUUUGCCAAUCUUUGUAAAUGGAAAUAAAACACUUAGCUCCAACACCAAGUUUUGAUUCUUGAGUUGAUUUAUGGUCUAAGGUCUUGUAUGUGUAUAAAUGUAUAAUUCCUGUUUGUUCUGAGCAUUGAACUGAAAUGUAAGGCUGCUAGGAGAGUAACUA